AUGCCUUCAGGUGGAUGCUUCUGUAACAAGGUCCGAGUCGAGUUCGACGGCGAGCCCGACGCUCAAGUCCUCUGCCACUGCCAGGACUGCCGGAAGAUGGGAGGCGCAAGCUACAGCAACAACGUCAUGAUCGGAAUGGACAAGUUCAAGGUCCAAGGCACCACAAAGGAAUACUCCAAGAUAGCCGACAGUGGCAACAAGAUCACCUCGCACUUCUGCCCCGAGUGCGGAACGACCGUGUACCGUGAGGGCGCCUCCUUUCCCAACGCGGUCAUCAUCAAGGUUGGCGUUCUCGACGGGGACUGGGUGGAGAAGAAUCCGCCCAAGGGAGAACUCUAUGCCCCGAAGCGGCUGGCCUGGGUUGCUCCCGUUGAGGGCGCCGCCCAGAUUAAUGCCAUGUCUAUGGUGAGCAUGUUCGUCGAGGUCCAUCCCAUAGGCCUAUAUAUAGGCUUCUCUGCCUCUUCUCCAUUACCGGACUACCAAUUCCCUGCCGUUGAUUGGGCUCGCACAGCAGCUGAUACCGCCGAUGCCGUGUUCCUAAAGUCGUCCCCUAUCCGUGUGAUAUAUGGCGGUGCUCGAAAAGUAAAUCGCCCCUAA